UGCAGCAAGUCAUCAAUCCAGGUUAAAUGAAAAAUCUUGCGAAACGAGUGAGUGGGAGUGAAUGCGUGCAGAGGAAUCAAUGUUACCCCAAGGGCUGCAAGAUAUUCCUUCCUGUCUACACAGGCUGAUUGAUGGCGAUUGCCAGAAUAACUUUUACUCACACAUAUAAUCCAUUUAAUUAUUCCAGAUGGCAGCUUUGUGUUGUCAUAGAAGAUCUCUGUUUUGCGUUUGUGCUGAAACAUGUAUAAAGACGCGCUUGCUUAUUACACUUCACCAUUUUUUUUUUUUAAAUCACAUUGCUAAUACAAAUCUGUUUACGCCUCUUUUCAAUGCAAUGCAUUUCAAUGCGUUACGCACUAAGAACAAUGUAUCUUUGAUGGAGUCUCCCAUGUGACUGCAUUUGAACCAACAACCGCAAACUGCCUGCUUUGUCUAUCUAAAUGACAGCAUGGUUGAAUCCUCCCCGGUUUAUAGGUAUCACAUGCUUUACUAAUGACUAAUCUGGAAUAGUGUGAAUCAUAAAUGUGUGCCUGAUGAAAUAUAACUUCCUUUCACUACCAUCAUGAAAGCUCAGAGGCUUAGUCAUCAUUCAGCUGAUAAACUGUGGGAUUGAGGGAGCAACAGACAUUGAGACUAGAUUCAGGAGGAGAAAUUAAAAACAGACUGCCAGAGUGCAUGACUAAGACUAAGCCAGGGGAAGGCUGUGCAUUGAGUACUAAUAAAAAGAGGAGAAGAGGGGGAGUGCAUGCUGUCUAAUGAGGUAAAGGGGUGGGGAGCUUUAAAGAGAGCGGGGAGAGAUUGAACCGCCAGGACUUUCACUUUCAGUGAGCAAGCUGCCUCCACACUGUUGACUCCUUAAGAAGUAGCCUACAACAGAUCAAAUGUCUCGCUCACGUGCUGGAAUUAAAAGCUUCAAAGAAAACUGACUGAAAAGGAAGGAGGAAAGCUAGAGCAAACUAAAAUCUGGAUAUACAGGAAUAUCUUUUUGUCCAUCAGAGGUUUUUUCCAUUAGAAGACUGGGAAUUUCCAAGUGCCUGACUGGGAUUAAGCAAGAGAGGGUCCAAAUGGAGAGCAGCUGUGGGAUCCAGGAGAAAGUGCAGCAGUGAGAGGAAGAAGAGACCUUGGUUAGUAGCUUCUCAAAGACGCAGCUGGGAAACCCACUCAGACCUAGAUUCAUCCAUAACCUUCCUGCAGCUAUCUGUCGUGCAAAACGACUUGGUUAAGAAGAACAUGGGGAAUAUGGCCCACAUUGGCCGGUAGAAGCAUGUCACCAACAGUGCUGUUACUUCUAUCGAUUUUGACUGUUCAAGGAAGUGGGUGCGAUGAUUUUAUGAAGACGACGAUCCGAAAUCUUCAAGACUCUAUACGCAGCGAAGAAACGUCCGGAUUCCCAGAAGUGUUUCCAAAGAACUACGUCGUGUCUCACUAUUUCAACGACAGCGCGCUGUGCAAUGAGCCGUGUUGUGUGUUCAGUGCUGCUGCGUUCCUGUCUAAUUCCUGGAUUCAGCUUCUCCAGCAUCUCAGCAGAGUUCACCUCAAAUACAGGUUCAUCAGCGAGCUGAUUCUCACACUGGACAAGAUAGCAAAAGAGAAAAUUCCAGAUCGUCCCGAUAUCUCUGCUUUCCCAUCUGUUCAGUCAUCGCCUGAAGGUCUUCUCUCCUUCACUUCGUCCCUCUUCACCCGAUGGCUCAGUCUGGACUGUGCUUUUCAAGAGCAUCAAUGCAUCUUCCCCACACCUAGUGAAGAGGACCUAAAAAAUAUGCCAUCAGAGGAGGAAAACAAUGUGGAAAACCAGGAACCCGUGGAUGAGCAGUGGCCUGGGAUAGAAGGAGAGAAAGGUAAACGGCAGGUCAACCAGGGUCUGACUAACGGCUAUAGUCGGUCACUUUUCUCAAGUUACUCUCACUGGACCUUUUAUUUUCUAUGGAUAACAUCAAGUCUGAUCUGGUAAAGGGUGAGAAAUCUGUUUUAAACAUGCCACAAAACUUGCCCAAAAGGAGGCUUUACUUUGAACGGACAGCUAUUGUAAUUCACUGUUGCUUUAUACUGAUUAGCAUUUGUAUGAGAUUUCAGAGAAUUAGCUCUCUGGAUGUGGCUCAUGAUUUCUAGAUGCAUGUUGGAGAAAAAGGAUGUUCUGAAAGCAGACACAUGGCCAAUAUGACGUUCAUGUACAUGUAUGAUGUUUUUUUCUGCAUCAUGUCUUUGCACUGAUUGUUUCUAUCACUUAUCCAGUUUUCUGUCAUCUUAUACAGUGAAUUAUGUGUCAUCCGUGAUAAUUCAGGGUAAACCUGUUGACUGAAUGUUUUAACAUUGAAUGUAGUGAAAAAGUAAAGCAUACAUGAAGCCAAAAGUCUCUGCUUAUCGCUCGGUGUUCAAGAGGAAAAAACUACACUCAUUUACUACAGUAAAUCCAAGCCAUAUUAAAUAAUUCUGUGGCAUAGGAACCAGCUUAAUCAAGCUACUUUCUGAAAAAGACAUUUGCAAAAGGGUUACAUAAGUCAUGUUUACAAGUAUUGAUGUCUUGUCUUAGAGAAGGUUACUACAAGCAAUGUUUUACUCAAAUGAAUUUAACAAUCUGUCUGUUUUUGGUAUACAUGUGUUGUCUGUUUUUAAGUGUAGAUUUUUAUAUAUAAAUAAAAUCUUGAAAUCGG